UGCCCGGGGCGCAGGCUAGCUGCGUUCAGUUCAGUAACGUGUGCGCUGUCUGUCUUUGCAGACGUGGCAAACUGCAGAGAGAGUCGGACUUCAUAGCCAGUGUAGACAGCAGCUGGAUCUCCUGGGGUGUGGGAGUCUUCAUUUUGAAGCCUCUGAAGUGGACCCUAUCAAGUGUACUAGGUGACAGCAAAGUGCCAGAGGAAGAAGAGAUCCUGAUUUUUGUGGAGCUACUUCAAGAGAAGGCAGAGGAAAUGUAUCGCCUGUAUCAGAACUCGACACUUUCUUCUCACCCUGUUGUUGCCCUCUCAGAAUUGCGUUUGCUCUGUGCCAGCAUGUGUCCGGACGAGAGGACCUUCUAUUUGUUGCUGCUCCAGCUCCAGAAGGAAAAGAGGGUCACAGUCUUGGAACAGAAUGGAGAGAAGAUUGUAAAAUUUGCCCGGGGUCUUCACACCAAAGUGUCCCCAGUUAAUGACGUGGACAUCGGGGUGUACCAGCUGAUGCAGAGUGAGCAGCUGCUGUCACAGAAGGUGGAGUCCCUCUCUCAGGAAGCAGAGAGGUGUAAAGAGGAGGCCCGAAGUGCUUGUCGAGCUGGGAAAAAACAGCUGGCACUUAGAUGUUUAAAAUCAAAGCGAAGGACAGAAAGACGGAUUGAAGAGCUCCACUCAAAGCUGGAUACAGUGCAGGGUAUACUGGAUCGUAUAUAUGCUUCACAGACGGAUCAGAUGGUGUUUAAUGCCUACCAGGCUGGAGUAGGAGCUCUGAAACUGUCCAUGAAGGAUGUCACUGUGGAGAAGGCAGAGAACCUGGUGGAUCAGAUUCAGGAGCUUUGUGAUACCCAGGAUGAAGUUGCCCAGACUUUGGCAGGGGUGGGGAUCAAUGGUCUGGCAGAGGUUGACACUGAGGAACUUGAGAGAGAGCUAGAUAGUCUUCUUGUGGACUCGACAAAAGAGACUCUGGAUCUGCCUCCCGUGCCCCAGAAGCCGCUGCUUACCACCAUUUCUGAUGCAGAUCUUGAAGCUGAGUUGGAGAAACUCUCCUUUUCAGACAAAGGUGUGGCACAAAAGACUGAAUCUACUUCCUCUGAACCCAAAAGAGUGGUGGCACUGGAUCUCUGAAGAUACAACAGCACCCUGCUGCUGUGAUUCGAGAAUAGUCUUAAGUUUGCUUAAAUAGUGACCAUAAUUUUAAAGAGUAACUUUGGACGGUGGGCUAACACCCUUCUCUUUUUACGGGAUAUCACUUGCUAAGUGACAUGAUCUACUGCCAUGACAAUCCACCCUCUCUGGAACUGAUACCAGCUGGUGUUGCUGUCAUCUUAGUGCCAAUAUCUACAUUGGUCCCAGUUUGACUGUUUAUCCCAAGUCGCCUUCGGUGUUCAUUAUUUUCCUGGUGAGCUGUCUUCCCUGCUGGGAUUACAGCCCUCACUGUUAUGUCUAAUGAAGAUGAGAGCUCUACUUCAUAACUGCUUGAUUUUGUUACAGCUGAUGUUGAGGAGAACCUGAAAAGCAGCAGUAUCGCAGUUGCUCAACGUCUGGCUAGUUGUGUGGUUGUGUAAAACAUUUGGCACAUUACAUAUAUACUGUCCUUAACAGUCAAGUGUCUGCAAUAAGCUUGCACACCUGUCGAUAGUGCUACCUAUCUUUUCCUAUUUGUAUUUGCACGGUUGUGGACAACUAGACAUGUGACUCUUUAACUGUAGGAAACUUUGUUCUCGUUGCCACAAGGGGGCAGCAAUUGCCAGCACAAAAUGACACUUGCUCCUCUUUCUGUAAUAACAAGGCCUUAAAAAGAGACCUGCAAAGGGCUUAAAAAUGAAGGUGUUGCUUUUUAUGCUGUGAUGAGAUGGGCCUGCAAAGCUUAUUUAAAAAAAGAAACUGCUUAGUUUGUGUU